CGGGCACCGUUCAGUCCGGCACGACCAGACGACGGCACAUCUAACGCAAUACCAUCGUAUCGUCGUCAGAUACAAUAACAUAGUAUUGUAAUACAACUAAACAUCGUGACAGUAGUCCGUCUGCCGCACACGGAACACACCGGGUCAGCUCCGAACGCGGUGUGGUCGUGUCUCGUGCGGUCCGCGCGCAUAACAUCAUCUCAUACAUGAUAAUAUUUAUAUUGUUAUUGUAAUUCGUCGGAUUUCCGGUCGUGUCGCGCAGGCGAUCGCCGCGGUCUUCGUAAAGGUUUUCGUCGAGUGACCGACGGAGGAUAUACGAGGCGACGGACCUGCUCAGAACCUAUCACGCAGGAUCUACGCAGAACCUCUCGCGCCAUGGGACUCAGUACCGACCGACUUGACGUGAACAGCUUGCCGGAGGCCGGUAACCGUUUUGAGCUCGGCCAAGUCCUCGGCUCGGGAAUAUUCAGUAACGUUUACGCGGCCAUCGACUGUGAAUCGGGAAAAAAUGUCGCAAUCAAAAUUCAAAACCUCAACGAAUGUUCGGACAACGAAAUAGAUAUUAAUGAAGAAUAUCGGAUAUUGAAAGAUCUGUCGUCGCACCCGAACAUGCCAGACUUUUACGGUGCUUACACCAAUAAUAGUGCUGCCGAAUUGUGGUUUGUCAUGGAGAUGUGUGAAGGAGGAACUGUCGUGGACUUGGUCAAUGGUCUUUUGUUACAGAACAAAAAAAUGAAAGAAGAACACAUCGGAUAUGUACUCAGAGAACUGGUCAAGUCCUUGUGUUUCUUACACGAAAAUCACGUGAUUCAUAGAGACAUCCGCGGCUCAAACGUGCUGUUAACGAAGAACGGGGAAGUGAAGUUGGUAGACUUCGGUCAGUCCAGGGAGCUUAAGAGUCCGGAGUAUAAGGCUAACACGGGAGUAGGAUCUCCAGCAUGGAUGGCACCAGAAGUAAUUUUGGUUGAAAACAAAGACAAUUCCGGUGAAAUACAAUAUUACGAUCAGAAAAUCGACGUUUGGGCAGUCGGUAUUACUGCGAUUGAAAUGGGUGACGGCAAACCACCGUACCUGGACAUCCACCCGACGAGGGCGUUGUUCCAAAUUGUUAGGAAUCCGCCCCCAGGAUUAUCCAAACCAUCAAACUGGACCCAAUUGUUCAAUGACUUCAUUGCCGAGUGUUUGGAAAAAAAUCCAGAUCAUCGCCCAUGUAUGGAAGAACUUUUAGAACAUCCAUUUUUAACGCAAGUUCCAGAUAACGUACAACAAGAAGUCAGGUCAGUGAUGUCAUCUAUUGUUGACGACGUAACAUCUAUUCGAAAACCAGAAGUCAGGAUUAUAAAAAAUGGAUAUCUAAAAGUGAAUCAAAAGGAAGCUGCCAAACCCAUGCACCUAGAAGAUUUAGCUGCGUUGAAAGAGGUAUCCGAAGAUACGGUUCUCGACGAAUUGCAAAAUCGCCAUUUAGACGGUCUGAGUUAUACGUUUGUCGGUGACGUGCUGUUGUACGUGAACCCGAAUCGAGAUGAACCUCUCUACGAGAAAAAGCAUCAUUAUCGUUAUCAAUUCAAAUGUCGAUCUGACAACGCGCCUCAUAUAUUUAGCGUGGCCGAUGCAGCUUAUCAGGACAUGCUACACCAUGAACAGCCACAACACAUACUGAUGGCGGGUGAAACGAAAUCGGGAAAAUCAUUGAACUACGGGAAAUUGAUCGAACACCUGGUGUUCUUGGGGGAGCAAAACCACGUGAAAGUGAAUGACAUCGGUUUGAAAAUCAAAUGCGCCAUAGACGUGAUUCAAGCAUUCGGAAACGCGGCCAACAAAUAUCACAUAAACUCCACUCGACACGUGAACCAGACACAAAUCACAUAUUCGUCCACUGGCAAGAUCAGCGGUGCCAUAUUUUUCAUCUACCAGCUAGAGAAAUGGAGAAUAACAAACCCCAAGAUUAAUGGACAGAAAAAUUUCCACAUCUUCUACGAUUUUUUGGAAGCGGCCAAAGCCGAUCAUGUUAUCAAGCAAUACCACUUGGAGGAGGAUCAUCGGUAUAGAUACUUAGUGGGUGACGGUUCGGACGAACGAUUUCGAUUCCAGCCAAUGUCAAACGUGAAAAACUUUAACAAACUGUUGACUUGUAUGAGGGACACGUUAGAGUUUUCGGAUGAACAGUUGAACACGACGUGGCACAUUUUGGCGGCCAUACUCAACCUUGGCGAGCUGAGUGUUUCUGACGAUGAAGAUGGCGAGAUAAAGAUCGAAAGCGUUGAACUCAUAACGAAGAUCGCGGAAUUGUUGAAAGUGGACUCGAAGAAACUGAGCUGGUCGUUUUUGAACUACUGUGUUGUGGUCAACGGCACUGCGGUUCGUCGCAAGCAGACGAUCUCGGGCGUGUACGAGAGUAUGCGAGUGUUCGCCCAGACGUUGUACGCCAGACUGUUCGAUUGGAUAGUAAACAUCAUCAACCUUAAGCUUUCGUUUACCAGGGCAAUAUUCGGAGACACGCACGUGGUGUAUUUGAUGGACACUUUCGGUUUCGAAUGUUUCCACCAGAACAAUUUGGAUCAACUGUACGUCAACUGUCUAAACGAACAACUCCAGUACCACUACAAUCAACGGAUGUUCGCGUGGGAAAUGCAAGACUUGGAGGAAGAGGGCAUGGACCAGUACAGCAUGCAGUACCGAAACAAUAAACCGAUAAUAGAUGCACUUAUGAAUAACCCAGAUGGACUUUUUUACAUGUUUGACGAUGCUACUAAAAACAAUGAAGAAAACUGUGAAUAUAUCACAAAUGCACUGGAGAUGAAUCCCAAAGAACCAUACAUCCACGUGGCCAGUUCAAAAAGCUUUAGUGUCGCACACUAUAGUGGCACCGUCUCGUAUCAACUAAAAGACGUCCUUGAAAAAAACCGUGACUUCUUGGCACCCGAAGUUGUCGAGACAAUGCGUAUGUCCAAAGACAACGUGAUAAAGGACUUGUUUGCCAACCGGUUGACAAAAUCUGGAAACCUAACUAUUUGCAGAGAUAAAACUUUAUUGGUAAAAACUAAAAACACCAAAAUCAGUCGAUGGGGCGCUGCGCUGAUGUCGGAAAAAACACCGAUUCGAAAGUACAACACGGAAUCGCGCGGGGAGUAUUCGCAAACGCGACGCAUGCGCACCGCAUCAGCGGUGUAUCGGUCGAGCAGCAUGGAAAUCCUGCGGUCGCUGGCCGACACGGCCGAGCACAAGAACGGAGUGCACUUCGUCCGGUGCAUGCGAGCGACGCUUACCGACGAGCCACUUGGCUUCCAACCGGAAGUGGUCAGACAGCAGCUCAAGGCGCUGUCCGUCGUCGAGACAGUGUCCGCCCGGCAGGACGGUUACUCGUGCCGGAUAUCGUUCCACGAGUUUAUACAGAGGUAUAAGUUUUUGGCAUUCGAUUUUUAUGAAAACGUUGAAGUCACCAAGGAAAACUGUCGACUAUUGCUGAUUCGUUUGAAAAUGGAAGGAUGGCUAAUUGGAAAGAGCAAAGUGUUUCUACGAUACUACAACGAAGAAUAUUUGUCCAGGCUUUACGAGACACAAGUGAAAAAAGUCAUUAAAGUACAGUCGAUGCUCCGAGCGUUCAUUACGAAGAGGAAAAUUGCACCACAAUUGAUAAAACAACAAUCUGCGAAUAAACGAAAAUAUUCAACGACUCACGAGGAAGCCGCCCUAGUCAUACAAAAACAUUAUAAGGGAUAUCAAGUACGAAAUAAAAACAGUUCAUUACAAAUCGAAAAUCUUGAUGCCAAGGGACGUAAAAGAAUGAAAAUGGUUUUCAACAGAUGGAAAGGAAAAUCAAUUUAUCAAAUCGUACUGUUGGAUCGUGCCAACAAACUUCAAGACGUUGUAUACUUUUCGUUACAAGUGCAUUUGUACAACCAACACGCGAUUAGUAGCUUGAACAACAUGAACCACCGACCGGUUAUGCUGAGAAAUGUGAUGAGCACGACCAGCGUUAACGAAUUCUUGGGCAGCAAGAGGUGUUAUUUGUACAAGAUACCGUUCCAAUUGAAUAAAAUAGACACGGAAACCGAUCAAAAUAUCUUGAUGGAUGAAAAUUUGACGAACAGUAUGGAUGACUGCAAUUGGGAUUCUCCUUUGAAUCGUUUACCAGAAUCUUCUACUGCAUUUAAAAUUUUGAAACACUCGUUUGCUGUCCGAGACCAAGGCGUACAAGUGGAUAUCAUUCAAGGAGUACGAUUUACCGAUACCGAAUACAGCAAUAAAUCACAAUUUGACACCAACCGAAUGUACCAAAAAAAGGAAGAAAAACCAAUAAAUCGAUCUGUGAGUGACAACAAAUAUAGUACGAAAGAAAAAAAUAAUUCGAAAAUGACCACUACGGCGAAUAAAACAAACAUAAACAAACCACAAGAUAAAUCAAAUCCUGUACUUGAACUUCAAUCUAGAGGUAAACAAUACCAGUCGGAUUACGCUGACGAGGAUGAUCCUCCUUACAAUUUCCAGGCGAUUUUGAAAAAGACCAAUUACAAACGUCCGUCAGUAGAAGGUCGGACUAUACAGUUCUCGUCGGAUAAUUCCAACGACGGUAAGACGACGGACAGGGCGUACGGCGGCAGACGAUCGGACUCGGUGGCACGAAAUGAAGAUUACGGUUAUGGGCCGGUCGCAGACAACGUGAAACGGUCAAAGGACUUCAAGAACGAACUGAACCAUCAACUGUCCAAAGCAACGAGGACUGAGAUCAUACCGGGAGUGAUGCUUGAGGGCUCUUCUUACGACCUUUAGACCACACCGUUGAUGUCGCAUAAAAAAAAAAUUCUUGUAAACGGGAUAAACGGGAAUCAAGGAUUUGUUUUCACGUCGCUUUUUAGUUGCUAAAUAGUUAGCUAUAGAUAAAGUCAUGAAAUAAUUUUAACGCUAUCUCUAUGACGAAUGGGUUAAAUUAAAUCAGAAUGAUGUUCGCGAUGAGUGUUACUCGCUUUACAGUCUAAGUUUUAACCAUAUUAAUAUAUACUACAUUUACGUAUAAUAUCCGUAGAUUUUUAGAACUAUAUCAUAAAACAAGUAACCAUGAAAAUUUAUCAUUGUGAUUAUUAGCCACUUUAGUUAAAAACUUACACGUUUUGACGUGACCCUGUGAAAUGUUAACAUCGUUUAUUUUUUUGUUUAACUAU